AUGACGUCAAUAGGCACAGGCUACGAUCUCUCCAACUCCGUCUUCUCCCCCGAUGGCCGCAACUUCCAAGUCGAAUACGCAGUGAAAGCGGUGGAGAACGGUGGCACAGCAAUCGGCAUCCGAUGCAAGGACGGCGUGGUGCUGGCGCUCGAGAAGCUGGUGACGAGCAAGCUGCUGAAGAAGGAUGCGAAUAAGCGCAUAGCGACUGUGGAUCGGAAUACUGGUGUGGUCCACUCCGGCCUCCUACCCGACGGGCGCCACUUCAUCUCCCGCGCGCGCGACGAGGCCUCCAGCUGGCGCAGCACCUACAAAGCCCCCAUCCCGGGCUCCUCGCUCGCCAACCGCAUGGGCGCCUACGUGCAGGCCUACACCCUCUACAACUCCGUCCGCCCCUUUGGCAUCACGGCCAUCAUCGGCGGAUACGACGCGGAGACCGAGUUGAGCGUCGAUGGCGCUGUGGGGAAUGGACCGAAAGUCGGCGCUGGGGGGAAGACGCAGUGGGUUAAGGAAGGAGGACCUUUCCUGUACAUGGUCGAGCCGUCGGGACUGUACUGGGGGUACUAUGGCGCGGCGACGGGCAAGGGACGGCAGGCGGCGAAGGCGGAGCUGGAGAAGUUAAAGCUCGAUCCGACGGAUGGGGAGUGCAUCAGUUUGGAGGAGGGGGUGAAGGAGGCGGCGCGGAUCAUUUACGUGGCGCACGAGGAUAGCAAGGACAAGGAGUUUGAGCUCGAGAUGACGUGGGUGAGUGCGGUGAGUGGGCCGACGAAGGGGAAGCAUGAGGAGGUGCCGAAGGCGUUGAGGGAGGAGGCGGAGAGGUUGGCGAAGAAGGCGCUGGAGGGGGAGGAUGAGGAUGAGGAGGAGAAGAUGGAGGAGUAG